AUGAAAUUAAAGACAUUUUUGAUCAGUCAUGAUAAAACUCGAAAAUACCGUCUUAAUGGUGUUAGACCAUCUACUCGUCUACCCAACAAAGAAACAUUGUGUCAUGUCUUUCGUGAUCAUAUGAUUUAUACUUCUGAUCAGUUACCACCUAAAACUGACCUUCGAAAACAUCUGACACCAAUCGAAGAUCAAUCGAAAAUUGGUAGUUGCACAGCGAAUUGUUUAGCUGGAGCAUAUGAAUAUUUGACAAAAAAAGAAACUGAUGAUAAUAUUAAUGUGAGUCGUUUAUUUAUUUAUUAUAAUGGUCGUAUCAAAGAGAAUCCUAAUCAACAUGAUGUAACAGAUUCAGGAUGUACAAUGACAUGUAUUAUUGAAGCAGUUGAAGAAUCUGGAACUUGUCUUGAGUCGAUCUGGCCAUAUGACAUUGCAAAAGUUAAUAUGCAUCCGAAUGAUCAAGCUUAUCAACAAGCAAAACCGCAUAAAAUUACACAAGCAUUUCAAAUCAAUAUCGAUUUACAUGAAAUGAGAUCUUGUUUAGCACAUGGUUUUCCAUUUGCAUUUGGUUUGAAACUUUUUUCAACAUUUGAUCAAGCAGCUCGUUCUGGUGUUGUACCGACACCAAGUAAAUUCGAUCUUAAUCGACAAUCAGAUGGCAAUCAUGCUCUCUUAGCUGUAGGUUAUAGUGAUCAAUCGCAAUCAUUUAUUGUUCGAAAUUCAUGGGGAAACGAAUGGGGAGAUAAAGGAUACUGUUAUAUUCCAUAUGAUUAUAUCACAAAUUCUGAUCUUUGUUUUGAUGUUUGGACUGUUCGAAAAGUGGAUACAGCUCAUUUUGGUCAAGAUCAUUGGGAUCAUGAUGACUCAAUUGAUUACAGAAAAAUAGACAGUGUUGAUAAUAAUAACAACGACAAUGAUGAUAAUAAUAAUCCUACAAUCGAAGAUUUAGAAGAUGAUGAUCAAUGA